AUGUGUGGCUUUUCCAACAUAAUCUGGCCCGACCCCGUCCCCCUCCCGUCACCGCCCCCUCGUCACAUCACCACCCAGCCAAAUAUUUACGCUUCGCACGCCUCCGCCUCCGCCGCGUUGUCGUCGUCGUCGUCGUCGUCCCUGAAGCAGGUGCUUUGCGCCAGCGCGAACGGCAGGGCCCACAACAUUCCCACAUGCAAAGGUGACCUGACAGAGGGAUGCGGUGACACAAGUGUGAUCUGGUGUAAAGGCAUUCGAGGAGGCGUGGAAACUAGUUUGAUAUUCAUGGAUCUGAUGAGCUUAACCCAAACCGGUAAUCAUCACCAUCAGGAGAACGAGGUAGGACCGAUUGUGGCAGCGAAUCCCGGGGGCGCCUGA